GGACAGUUCUUGGUUUUGUCUCUUCUCGCAAAAAGCCACAGAAGGGGCUGGAAAGCGAGGGUUCCUCUCACAGUGGCCUGCCCCGAUGGGCAGUGUAGACGCAGUUCCCGUUAGUGAGCGUGGAGAGACGGCGUUUCUUGAGUGUUUUCCUCUCCAUUUCCUGCCAAGAGUUUCUUUUCACUUCUCAGACGCGCCUGUCUUGCCUUCGUGCCGUCUUGGGUCGCUUCCUGUGCAUCCGACGGCGCGGAAUGCAGCACCCACCUCCCGCGAGAAGUCGAACCUGCAGUCGGAGCGCGAGCCUGCGUCCCCAUGUGGCUGAGAAAGUCUCGUUUUCGACAACACUCGCCAGUCUCCGUCACAAUCCAAGAGCAAAUGCACAGCUCUCCAGCGCCUGUAUGCUGUCUGUUGUUGCACCACCCACGAGCUCGGCGCCGCUUCCUCAGAACGCGGCUUCGGGAGGGCAGCCGGCUCUCAGGUGACCGGCGCGCCGUGUCGUCAAAAAACGGUUUCUCUGCACGAGUUCCUCCACCCUUUUCUCCGUGAGUUCCAAGAGCUUCCAGACGCGUUUUGCGUUUUCGUGCGUUGGAAUUUCUAGCUGCGGAGCGGGAGGCGGCGAGAGAUCUGCUCUAGGUCACUUCUCGACUAGCUCGAAGAGCCGCAGAGCCACCUACAGACAGUUUCGAGUCCCGGCUGCGUGGAAACGCAGUGUUUCCGGGAACCUUUUCUUUCUCCACGUUGUAUGUGGAACACAAGCCGGCCUUUGUCGCAGUUCUUCCUGAGCCUUUCCAUUCUCAUUUCUUCCGGGGCCGCGCGAGCUCCGGGCCGCUCUCGUCUUUUGUAGCCACACGACGGCAGCCACAAGCCACCGAAGCAGAGAUUUUCUUUUCGAGUAGAAUGCAGUUCACCCUUCCGUGGUCUCCACAGGGCUUUGCUCUGUCGGGCCUCUUAUUUUGGCCUCCCCAGUAGUAGCUUGUAGUUCUUCAAGUCUGCCUCCACACACCCAGUCUUUGAACUUCGUUCCCUCGCUCUUUUUCCUCCAGUCCUUUUUUGAGAAAGAACGUGAAAUGCAACCGCCACUCUUCAGUCUGUCUUUCAUGCGUCUCGCAGUCGUCUGUCAAACUUCCUUGGACUAAACGUCUCUCAGUUUUAGAUGUUUCCCCUUUUCUUGUCUCGGCUUCCCCAGCAGGCCUUUGUCUGCUGCCUCGGCCGGUCAUCCCUUCUUGCAUCUCCCAGUCCAGUUACCUUAUUGUCUCUCUUCUUUUCCCCCUCUCGUUUUUGCUCGCUGUCUCGCUUGUCUCGAUCUCUUCCUUCCGUUUGCUCGCUGUAUCCGCAGUCUUUCCGGGUCUCCAGAUCCUGCGUCGGCCCUUGCUGUCCGUGUGCCGCAUGCUGUCCGUCGCGGUUCGACCUUUGUAUCGGCGCGUCAACUCUUUUCCGCCGCUGUUUUCACCAUGGAGAACGUGGACGAAAUGAACACGACGACGGAGGUCAAGUGCGUCUACAACGGACGCCUGGAAGUUCCGACAGCGUCGGGUGUCGAGACACCCGAGUGCGGGCAGUGGGACCCGGCGCGUUUUCAGUGGCGCAGUGUGCGGGUGUUUCUCGACGACGGCGGCCUGCGUUUCUGGAACAACUUGAUUUCGAUUCUGGAUAUCGCGACUGUCGACAUUGAGCCUGCGUCGGAGUCUUCGCGUCUCGUGCUCGUUCACAUGGACCAGGCGUUUCCGACGCUCUCGAGUCCGUUUCCUCCCUUCUUCAGAAGCUCGUUGUUUUUCCCCAGCUCCGCGCCGCCGGGUCAGACCUCCUUGGUGCUUCGCAUCCCCACAAACGUCGCAGAGGGGCCGAGCGACUACGGGGACUUGCUCACCGGUCUGCUCCUGCUCCAGAAGACCGCGGCCUUUCUCGGCGGCCUCCGGCCGAUGUUUCGCCGACUCCGCGACCAAGCGAUCUGCGCUGACGAAGUCCGCAACGAGUUCUUGGCCUUCCAGCUCCGCGAAAGCGCCCUCACGCGUCCCGAUACCGGCGCUCUCGCGGAACAGUUCCUCCAGUCUCUCCCCGCGGAUCGCGCCCAAGUGCUUCGCGCCGGCUUUCUCCAGCGCGACUGCUCCGUGCUCGAGGAGGCCGUCGCGUACGUCCCGGUUGUGGUGUAUGAACACCUGCGGGCGGCUCUCCCGCUCCUCCCGCAGCUCUCCGUGGACCCCACGAAGUACCGCGUCUGGCGCCAGGCCUUUCUGCACGCGAACGCGGACAAUCCAGAGCUCUGCGAGUGUCUCUCGAGCCCGGCGCGGUCUCCGCGGUCCCCCUCGCGCGCGCGUCUGUUGGCAGAGGUUGCGCGCGCGACAAGGCCAGCCUUGGGUGGCGACACAAAGACUGGCGAAACGCCAGUCAAGCCGAACCUGCAGACGCCUGCUUCAAUUCACAUGGGUGUACCGCUGCCCCUGCGCCUCCCCGAGGUGUUGCCUUUCAAACUCUCCGCAGGCGGAUGUCGCAUCGCGAAGGGUCGGACGUACCGGUGCGAGGACGCCUACUUUCUCCUGGAGCGCGAGGGCGCCUUCGGAGUCUUCGACGGCGUCGGGAGCUGGGCCGCCGAGGGGAUCGACGCCUCCAGGUUCUCCACGGCUCUCGCUCACGCAUGCAGCGCCCUCGCUCAGGAGCACCUGCAGCCUGGCGCGGUGUCUUCCCGUUUCGCGCGCCUCAAUGUGAAUCUCCGGGCUCGGGAACUCCUCGGCGAGGCGCACUCCCGAGUCCGGCGCGAGAAUCCCUCGGCCUGGGGCAGCAGCACGGCUGUCGUGGGCGUCUUCGACAGCUACCUAGGUCAGCUCGGCGUCGCUUGUCUCGGGGACUCCGUGUUGACGGUGCUGCGGAGACAGAUGAUGCCCAAACAGCUUCAGUUCAUGGCCGCGGGCGCGCGCGCGACGACUGCGGCGCAGAUCCUCUCUGCAAGCCCUUCGCAGGUCCCGCGCCUGAUCCGAAAAAUCCGGUAUCGGAGUCUCGAGCAACGCUGGUCGAAUGGCGCUCCUUACCAGCUCUCGAACUUGCCGCCUGAACACGAGUGGGACGCGCUACGAGAUCAAGGCUUCGAGCGCUUCGUUGAAGUCCUUCAGCGAAUCGACAACGUCGGAGACAGUGCAGACAUGGCGCGGGGACCCGCACAGCCCCUCGUGAUGCAUCCUGGAGACCUCAUUCUCCUCUACAGCGACGGAGUCGCCGACAACCUGUUCGACAAAGAAAUCGAAGUCUUUGCGUCUCUCGCGAUCAGCCCCGAGGAAGCCGUUGCCAUGGGCCUGGGCAGAGACGCGUGCACCAAGGCACAAGAUGUCGCCGACAUGAUCUGCAAGCUCGCCAGACGAAGAGCUGCGGAUAGGGCCUUCGACAAGCCUUUCGUUCCAGGCCCUCCAGGCGCGCGCCAUGUGCCGCCGGGCCGCGGCGACGCGUCGAGCGCGGCGGCGAGGCGAGGAGCGAAGCGCGACGACAUCAGCUGCGUGGCUAUUUGGGUCGAGGGCUUGCCAGAUCCGUCUUUUGAAUCGUGCAAGGCCUCUGUCCCGACCUCGACUUCCGACGGUGGCGCUUCGCCCCCGACAGAGGCCUGCGCGGCCUCUACAACUGUCUCCGAAGAGAGCACCGGGGUCGCUGUGGCGACUCCCCCACAGCGUGAGGAACCUCAGCCUCCUCCAGACAUUUCAGCGCCUGCGCCUGAGUCGGGUGGAGAGCCGCCAGUUGGCGAGCUUGGGUCGUGUGAAGCUGACUUUUCACCCAGAGUGUCGAGCGCCAGUGUUCCAGAGGAAAACGAGGAAGAGAAGGCGCAUGUGGAGCCCAAGGUGGACGAAGCGACAAAGUCGUCGUUUGCGGAAAUGCGAGCAGGAAGUCGGAUUCCCCUGCCGCCUCGGGGAGGCGGAGAAACACCCGUGGCGAAGACCGAGACGGCGAGUUCGCGCUCCACAGCAGAGGCCCGCGGUGUCUCCGUGUCUCGGCCGGCGCCGCGUCUGAGCUGUCGUCGCGCGCCCCAGCGGCCGGCUCAGGGACAAAGCAACUCUGGCCGGAGGUCGCAUCCCGAGGCAGGAUCGGCACAUGCAACCGCCGCGACGCCAACGAAGCUGCCGCAUGCAGCGGCCUCCCGUGUCGGCGCGCUACCGUCUGGCGAGUCUGAGAGCGUGAGAGUGCCUCCUCAGAGCCCUGGAAAGGCGGCGCGCCGGCGAGGUGUGCCUGGAGGGACUCUACUUGGAGAGAAGGCGCCAGUCAGCGGAGACAGUGACCCGUCAGAGAAGCCAGCGGCGCCGGCCAAGCGACUCUCGGGGGCCGCCCGCGGAGCGGCUCCGGUUGACAGUGUGAACGGAACUGCAUGCACUCCGCCGGCAGCAGCUUCCCGGGGCCUCUCCUGCACACAUUCUCCGCAGAAGGGAGUGUCUCGCGUUCUGACAAGGCUUGCGGAGAGAAGCACCCGCGGAGCACACAGCGCGCAGCUCGCGAAGAGGCUGGAGGCCGCACCUCUGUCUCGGAAGCGGCAAGCCACUUCGCCGCCGUCCCCCGUGCGGGAGCCUGCGAAGAAAAUCCAGAAGCCGGCUGCCGCGGCGUCGGACUCCGUCUAUAAGCCGAACGCGUCGUCCCCGCUUCCGGGCGACUCCACCGUGAGCGGAGACGACGCCGGCACCCCGGGAGCUGGCCGGCCUGAGGCGGGCCCAGGUGUAUGUCCCCCCCAAGCGACGCCUCCACCGGCAGACCUUCCCAGACACCUGGCACGACCUCGCCAGACGGAGGGGGUCGCGGCGAGCGAGCCGAGAGACGCUGGGAGGCGGGAGGCAGCGACUUCUGUCGAGAGGAUAAAUGGCGAGACAAGGAAGUUCGCGUUGACGGAAAUGAGCAAGUCCGAUGAGGAAGGGAGAACUGGGGAGGCAUGUGAAGACGGCCGCGUUGUUGAAUCGGUCGCUGAAGAAGGCGCAAAGUCGAUGCGGAAACGGAGGUGUGUAGUAGACAGGGCUUCGACGAGAGGAUGCUCAGCCACCGCUCGGUCUGCGCGGACUCCAGCGAGCGUCCUAGCUGGCAAAGAAACCUCCCUCCCUGCUCGCGUUCCGCCCGCUGCCCGGGCACACUCGCCGGUGAGGCAGAAAGACCUGAUUCCUUCGACUUCCAGAUGCAUGCUCUCCCACCCAGUUGCCUCGGGACUCUCUCAGAAGAACUCGGAGACAAACGGAAAACCGGAGCAACGACCCGCCAGUGUAGCGACACCGGGGACACUCCCGCCCGUCGCCUGAGCGUCCCAGAGAGAGAAGAUGCACUGUCCCCUUUGUCGGAAUCGAGAAGGAAGUUAAGGGACUCCGUUCAACACCUCGACACCGUACAGAUGUUAAUGGGCACAAGCACAGGUAUGGUCACGGGCGCUAUAUAUAUAUAUAUAUAUAUAUAUAUAUAUAUAAGCGAUACAAGCAUGAAGUGGCGAUCUACACACUCGCAUGUGGUGAAAUAUGUCCGUGGACGGCCAUUCGGGAGAGACCCCUUGACUCUUUUUUGGUGGACUCCAUUACUUGAGAGGCUCAAAUUUGAACAUUUGAAGGAAGCCUUGAUCUCAGGGACUCAAUGCAUGAGUGGAGGCUGUUGGACGGAGACUCAGGAGGGACCGAAUGGUGCUGUAGAGACGCCGCCAGGAAGUUUGGGGACUCUCGGGAGCGACUCCUGCUCUCCGCGCCUCGAGCCGAAGACUGACGGACUGUCAACGACUGACCAAGAAGAAAGAGCCUCUGGGGUUGUGUAGAUAUCCGAAAAGAAGGCAGUGCUCACAUUUACGCAUACCGAUGCACACCGGGGGACGUCACUAGCCUCCUUCUCGCCCAAUAUGAAGGCAGGGUCGCCAAAUCGAAAUUGAGACGAACGGCGAACGGGCCAGCCUUUUCUUCCACACCCGUUGAGGUGUCUGUUCCCACUUGGACUUUGCCGUCGUCUCAUGGACCAGUUUGCGUUACGCGCAACUCGCUUGGCCUCAUCACACGCGCAUGCAUAUGCCAGCACAGAGUUCUCGAUAUAGGAUGAUGAGACACUCUACAGCUGCAUCGUCGGUCAUACGUCUUCCCUUGUCGCAAUACGAUCCUGUGGCUAUCCCUACACAAUCGCACAAGCAUAUAUAUAUAUAUGUAUAUAUAUGUAUAUAUAUGUAUAUAUAUGUGUAUAUAUGUGUAUAUAUGUGUAUAUAUAUGUGUAUAUAUAUAUAUGUAUAUAUAUGUGUAUAUAUGCAUAUAUGUACGUAUGUCUGCCUCCGUCCUGUGCACAUAAUGGCACGUGCGUGGAUUUGAGAGAGACGAGGGACUGCGAGGGGAGCGUUGUGGUUUUAGACUUUCCGUUCCUCGCUGCAAGGGUCGAACGCGAUGUUUGUCAACGAGGGAUUGGAAUGUUUUCGGAGGGAAUUUGGCCCGGCGACAGAGACACGGGGAGGUGGAGGGACGGAGCAGCGUCUGUCUCGCCAUCUGGGUGUCACUGCAUCGUCUCCAAAUUCUCAGCGAGACAGAAAGUAGUAUUACACUGCAUUCGCGUCUCUGCCAAGAAGUUUCUCCCGUCCGAAAGAACCUGAAUCUGUGGCAUGGAGCGUGUAGGGGAGGAGGAGCCGUGAGAAGACUCGAGGCCUCAAGGCUCUCUUGACUUUCGUUGCGAGUCACGUCGGCAGUCCUUUUGUCCGUCGUGCAUUUGUCGCUUUUUAUGCGCGCUGUCUGUCUUCUUGGUGCGUCUAAAGAGGCGUUGUUUCUCCGGGAGGGUCGUUCGGUGACACUGGAUGCGACGGCUUUGUGCAUGGAAUCGGCGCUUUCGCCGCCCGUUUUCUUGUAUCGCGUUGCCCCGUUUCGACCUUAAAGUGUGCCAUGUAGCUUUUUCUUAACUUCUGGAAGGAAAAUGCUUCGAGCAGACAGGCGUCGCGAGGAUGCUUGCUCUGGCGGUGGCGGUCCACUACAGAGAGAGGGGCAAGACUCAGUUUCUCUCGAACGGUUUUCCUGGCUGGGGGGCUGCCCUGUUGAGCGACGGGAAGAGGCGCCUUGCGGUGUUGUGUGCACAGCCUCACCAGCAGAUGCAGAGAAAAGAGCAGCGCGCGGCUGACUUUACAAAAGUUCAUUUUCCUGGAAAGAAGCUGGUUCGAGAUGGCAGCCUUCUCCGAACGCUAAUGCGGUCAGAGGAACAUCUGCGCUUGUUUUUUUUCCAUUUACCCCCAACGUGCUUAUCCGACUCGGCAAAUUGUCAGAAAAGGAACUGUACCUUACUCGACCCUUCCCAGCCUUCAUGUGAGGCAUUUCUCCGAGACUUGCAGUGGAAGUCGUUAUCUAUGGUAUGAGCAUUCUCUCGCGGCGGUGCUGCAGACCAAUCAGAACAUGUUCCUUCUCCUUCCUUAACACAGUAAUGUCCACUCAGC